AUGCCAUUCAGCUGGACACUCACCCUUGUCUCGUGUUACUUGCUCUUCUUCGAAACGAUCCACCAUGUGUUUGCAGUGAGGAGUGUGAGGGUCGGAUGCCCGGUUAGAGGGGCACGUGGUGGGUGCGUAUUUUCCUUCUUGCAGCUGAGGGGAUGCUCCUUGGGGAGGAGAGACACCAAACUGGGGGCGUACAAUUUCCGGGCGAUCGAGCAGAAGUGGCAAGUUGUGUGGAAUUCGAAGCGGCUGCUGGAUAGGGACUUUGCGCGGUUCAACCGAAGUGCUCGGGGAAGCAGCGAAGGUGAAGGGGGUGAUCAAAGAAACGAAAGUGAAGGACACGUUGGAAGUUGCCAAAAUGAAGGAGGUGAUGGAAGCUGCCAAAGUGAAGGAACCGUUGAACGCUGCGAUGGGGGCGAAUAUGAACGCGAUCGGAGGGGAAAACCCGCCAGGAGGAAGUUCUACAUCCUGGAUAUGUUCCCCUACCCGUCGGCUCAGGGACUUCACAUGGGCCACAUCCUGUGCUUCACCAUAACGGACGUGCUAGCCAAAUUCAAGCGAAUGACAAACCACUGUGUGUUCCACCCCAUCGGAUGGGACAGCUUUGGAUUGCCCUGCGAUAGGAUGUCCAUGAAGCUGAAAGUGGACCCCAGAAAAAUAAUCCAAAAGAAUAUACUCAAUUUUAAAAAACAGCUCCUAAAAAUGGGGUUCCUUUUCAACUGGGAGAACGAAAUAAACACAUCGGAUGAAAGCUUCUACAAGUGGACACAAUGGAUUGUCAUACAAAUGUACAUAAAAAAACUGGGUUACAAAAAAAAGUCUUAUGUGAAUUGGUCUAAGGAGCUUAAGUGUGUAAUUUCAAACGAUGAAAUGAAGGAUGAAGCCAACGUGGAAGGAUUAAAGGUAAUAAAGAGGAAGCUGCUGCAGUGGUACCUAAGGAUCACGAAGUACGCCACGAGACUUAUUGAAGACUUGAAGGAUAUUGACUGGCCAGACAAAAUAAAACGCAUGCAAAUUAAUUGGGUAGGAAAGAGAAAAGGCAUCAUCCUAAAGGCGAGAGUUAUACCUAUAGACGAGUGGACAAGUGGGGAGAUCACUUACCCACCUUCGGGUUGUUCCACCCCACGUGUUCUCUACCAUUGCAUCUACGCGAACGAUGGGAUGACUCUCCUAUUUAAUUAUUUGUAUCAUGGUGGGGGGUCUGUUUAUGACUUCUUCGAUUCGUUCGUUCGAAAGGGGGAUGAGAAGUAUCCCAUCGGAUGGAUGGACAACCAAAUGGAACGCCUCAUUCAGGAUGAGGACGCUGUGGAAAAUGUGAUCAAGGCAAUCAAGCCGAUGGUAACUACAGUGGGGUUGUCGCCCAACCUGGGGGAGAGAAAACAUAUGCUGAACUUUAACACGGAUGGGGAGGAGAGCGAAGCAGAUUCCUAUGUGAAAAUAUUUCUAAACGAAAAGGAGGCCAUCUUCCCAGGGGACAAAUUAUUAAUCAGCGUUAAUCAUCCGAAAAUUGAACAGAUAGUGAAUGGGAACAAAUUUUUACUAAACUUUGUGAGAACGGCAGUCAAGCAAAACGACACAGAGAGGUUAAAAAAUGAACGGAUCUUUUUUACAGGCUCUGUUAUUUACAACCCCAUAAUAGGGAAGUACAUUCCUAUAUACCUUUGUACAUAUGUUUUAGAGAACAGUGGGCAUUUGCUCUUCGUUAAAAGGGGGAGGAGAGAACAAGUGGAAGAAACUUCAAAGGGAGAAGAGGUCCUUCACAAAUUGUUGUCCGAAUCAAAGUAUAGUAAAAGGUAUAGCGUUUACAAUCUGAAGGACUGGUUGUUUUCGAGGCAGAGGUACUGGGGGGAGCCGUUUCCUUUUCUCUUCCCAGUGGAACGCACAAAAGGGGGGGAACAGCCAAGCGGGGAAGAGACACCCACGGUGAACAACCAAUCGAAGGAACAACCAAAGGGGGAGAUUGAAACUGUGUGCAAUUCGCCCGGGGGGGGGAUCUACAUAGACGACAUCCCUGUGCAUCUGCCAAAGUUCCACAAAAAAGUAUACGAAUUGGGUUCUAAUAGAUACAAUGAAGGAUCUUCGUCCGUUCUGUCCAGAUUUAAAAAGUGGGUUUUCCAAAGGAGGGGAAAUACCCUGUAUAAGAGGGAAUGUGAUAUCAUGCCCCAGUGGGCAGGGUCUAGCUGGUAUUUCUUAAGGUACUUGGACUCAAAGAAUAAGAAGCGCAUUUUUAACAAGGAAAGGGCAAAUUUGUGGAUGCCCGUAGAUUUGUACGUUGGGGGAAGUGAGCAUGCUGUGCUGCACCUGCUUUAUGCUAGGUUUUUUCACAAGUUUCUGUACGACCUUAAUUUGGUUAACCAUAAGGAGCCCUUCCAGAGGUUGUUCAACCAGGGCCUCCUCUUGAGUGCUUCUUCGUUCUUUGCUUACACGACGUUGGAGGGGAAGUUGGUUAGUUAUGCGACAGUGAGGAGGGAAGCGGCAGAGGGGAAUAAUACGGAGCAGGAGGGGAAGGGCUCUUUCCAAGUGAGCAGCGCGAAGAGUAACCCUGGGGAAGAUGUCCUCAUGGGUGGAAGUGGUGAAGCGAAUUGCGCCACUGAAACGGCGCUACGAGAAAUGCUCCCAACCGCGGAAGGGACGAAGUACAAGAAGUAUCAAAUUCCAGAGGAGCUGGUCAUGCAGAGAGAGGGAAAAUAUUAUUUGAAGGACGCCCCACACGUGGAAGUAAAAGCCAACUAUGAAAAGAUGUCCAAGUCUAGAGGAAACACAGUGAACCCAAACGAUAUCGUGAAAAAGUAUGGGUCCGAUUGUCUCCGACUGUACAUCCUAUUUUUAGGACCGAUAGAUCAAAACAAGAAAUGGGACCUCAAGGGAAUAAAAGGGACUUUUAAAUUCUUAACCAAUUUGUACAGCUUGUUUGUGCAGGAUGUAAUGGAUCCCGCCUUAGAGAGGGAGAAGGGACAUGAUGAAUGUAACGCCACUACGGAGGUUGAUUCGGGAGUUCCCCAGAAGGGUGCAGAUAAUUAUGUGGAGCCCCCCCGCGAGCGAACUAGCGACCAUAUAAUUUGCACCAAGUGCAGGAGAAAAAAAAGAAACAAGCAGAUGAUCCUUAAAUUUGAAAUGAUUAAACGUGGGGGUAGCCAACAUGAAGGAGAAUUCAACCCCGAAAGGAAAAGAGAAGCGAUAAAACGUAAUAUGAACUCCCUACGGAGUGAAGACCAUUCGUCCAAACAGCUAUCAGACCUUAUUGUAAAAAAAAAGGUAUGCGAUAUUGAUAGGGAGAAGAAAGAAAGGGCAAAUUUUUUCAUUAACAAAAUAACUAGAUGUCUAAAUAGCAUGAAGCUAAACACAGCCGUCUCCUUCUUCAUGAUCUUUUUCAACGAAAUUAAAAAAUGGGAUUACAUUCCGCUGAAGAUUUUUUUGAUUUUUGUGAAGUUGCUGUUCCCUUUUUGUCCACACAUCUGCGAGGAGUUUUGGUUUUUCUACUUGAAAAAAUACAAACCGGAGAGAAAGCAGAUUUGUUACUUCUGCAAUUCUAGCCUGAUGUACUUUGCGCGCUGGCCCUCCUUGUUCCGGUUGGAGGAGAGGCGGGUUGGCAGGCUUUCCAUCCGGCUGAAUAACCGCCACGUGACCUUCAUGGAAGUUGCGGGGGAAAGCGGUUUGGGGGAUGUAAGAAGUUCAGAAAGUUGUGAUCAUUCGGAACGCCCCACGGAUGAUGAACCGUCGGAAAGAUCACAGAGCAUCAUUCGUGAGGCCACAAAUAAAAUAACGGAUCGAAUCGAAAAAGAGAAGAAAAAGGGAAAACGACUUGUGAACGUUGUGUAUAUUCCGAACAGAGUCGUAAAUUUUGUCUUCAAGUGA